AUGAAAGAAAAACUACUAGAGACGGACGCUCUAGCGGAAUAUAAAAAAGCCCACAAAAAAAACUACGAGCAAAGACUUAUAAGGGAAAAGGAACUCCAGGAAAAGGAACAGGCGGACGAAAUAGCUAACGAAAGGAACAAAAAGGAACAAGCAUAUAAGCAGCUGCAAAUAGAAAAGGACAGAGAAUACUCAAUUCAAUAUUACCACGAAAUAAAUAGUCUACAUCGAGCAAACACGGUUAGCACCGAUGAUGGUUCACCUAUGCUGAGUAACUACACAGAGAGGUUAAUAAGUUCUUCUCAUUACACCUACAUGUCGGAUGGCGCAGCACGUGGUAUCUUGGACGAUGGAUCAAGGGUUCCCUUUUCUCGAAGGAUACAGGAUUUCUUUUCGAGCAGUGACAUGAGGCAGUGCUUUGGAUGCAGUAGAGUUCAAAUCGUUUGCAACGUCAUUCUCUUCAUUAUGGUUAUUACGUUUAUUGUUAUUUUCGCCUUCUUAUGA